CUGCCUGAACUGCGUGGGGUCACCUCUGUGCUCCUGCUCCUUCCUCAACUGCAGAAUGACCACAGAAGUGCUUAUUUUGUGUUCGUUAAUGCACAUAAGGCACCUAGGACAAUGCCUGAAGCGUUGAGAAUCUGAUGAUGGCAUGGCUUUAAUCACCUUGAGACGGAACUUCUGCCAUUUGUCUGAACUUUGGAUACCUGGAGCUGUAGCUGCUUUGAAAAAUCACCCCACAAAUCAUGUUCACAGGAUAGUCAAGGAGCCUCUGCACCUUUGGUUCUGUCCCCUACAACCUGAGCCUUUCAGGGUCAGGUUCCAUCAUGCCUGUUGUAAAAAGUUCCAUUCAGAAAAUAGAAAUGACCUGCAUCCAGUUGGUGAGCCUGUGGUGUCUCAAGCACAUGACUGGGACAGACUUGAGCAAAAUCUUCAAAAAGAGAAUGAGAAGGUAUUUUACAGGAGACUGAACAACUUCACCUCCUCAGAAGAACUGCUAAGUUUUAUAAGCACUCUGGAAACUCUGCCUGUCUCUCUGGCAGCAGGAGCUUUGCAGCGGAUUUGUGAAGUGAGUAAAAGAGAUGGCAAUAAAGGGCUGCCAGAAGAAAUACUAGAGAACGAUGUCUUCCAAGCUUUAUGCUUUAGGUUUGAGCAAGAACUUUCACAUCUGUCAAACACUGGUUUUGUGACUAUUCUGCAGGCUCUUACUCUAUCACAUGUGGAUACUCAAAGUAGCCUGAUACCGAGCCUCGUAGCAGAAUGCCAGAAUCGCCUCAAAAGAGGCAGCCUGGAAGUCCAUAAUCUUUGUAUUGUUGGGGAAUGUCUGAUUCGACUGCACAGUGCAGCUCCUGUGAUGCUAGACUUGAUUCUAGAGCAACUGCAAGGUCAAAAGCUGGAAACAUUUACCCCAGAUGAUAUUGUGGCCGUUUAUAGAAUACUGCAGGCAUGUCCUGAAAAAGUAGACCAAUACCAAACCUUUUUAAACAGAAUAAACAACAUUUCCCUUUCAUUAGUUUCCUACCUGAGCCCUAAAUUGAUUAGCCAGGUGCUCGCUGCUCUAGUGAUUCUUGAUCAAACUCAUGCACUUCCUCUGGUUAUAAAAUUGGGCAAAUAUGCUGUGAAAUACAUUCCUCACUUCACUAAUGAAGAGCUCAAGAGAGUCUUGGAGGCAUUCAUGUAUUUUGGACACAAUGACAGGUUUUUUACAAAAGCCCUAGAGCAACACAUAGCUCCGCUCUGUCUCACCUUGGAUCCUGAAGUUAUCAGCAAAAUGAUGGAGUACUGCAGUAGAAAACAGAUUCUUUCAGAACCCAUUCUCAAUGCAGCAGCAGAAACUUUUGUUUGCCAACCAGAAAAAUUUUCACCUUGUCAGAUUUCUGAAAUAAUUGAACCACUUGGAAAACUUAAUUAUUUGCCACCAAAUGCCCCUGUUUUAUUUAGGAAACUAGAAAAUGUGCUCUUUACUCAUUUCAAUUCUUUUCCACCCAAAACACUAUUGAGACUUCUCCAUUCAUGUUCACUUAUAGAAUGCCACCCAGUCAACUUUAUGACCAAAAUAUUCAGCCCUUUUUUUCUUCAAAAGCUACAAGGUGAAGAGUCAGAUUUGGACAGAUUGAGUCUGGCACAACUGACCCAACUCUUCCUAACUUCAAUCCUAGAAUGCCCUUUCUAUAAGGGUCCAAAACUUCUUCCUAAAUAUCAAGUGAAAUCAUUUUUUACGCCCUGCUGCUCCCUGGAGACCCCUAUGGAUUACCAUCUUUAUAAAUCUGUAAUGACUGGACUGAUUGACCUUUUAGGAGCAAGAUCGUAUUUUGCUUCCAAAGUGUUGACGCCCUAUUGUUAUACCAUAGAUGUUGAAAUUAAACUAGAUGAAGAAGGACUUGUAUUGCCAUUUACAGUGCAAGAAGAUGUCCAUAAAAGGGUAGCAUUGUGCAUUGAUGGUCCAGAAAGAUUUUGUUCUGAUAGCAAACACUUACUAGGAAAAGAAUCUAUUAAACAAAGACACCUUCGAUUACUCGGUUACCAAGUUGUUCAGGUCCCCUAUCAUGAGAUUGAGAUGCUAAAAUCCAGACUCGAAUUGGUGGAAUAUUUACAAAGAAAGCUAUUUCCUCAAAACUCUGCUGUUCAUUGGUAAAAAGAAGGAAUUAUGGUUUCAGGACUCAGAUGAUGAAAGAACGUGUGGGUGGGGAAGGUUUCAUUUUCUUGUUUGUUUUUGUGGUACUAGGCUUUGAACUCAUGGUCUGGCACUUGCUAAACAAGUACUGUAUAACUUGAGCCAGGUCUCCAGUCCUUUUUUGCCCAGGGCCAGUCUUGGACAGUGAUCCUCUUACCUCUGCCUCCCAGUUAUAGGUGUAUGACGCCACACCAGCUUAUUUGGAAUAAUGUCACACCAACUUUUUGUUGGGGCUGGCUUUGAACCACAGUCCUCUUAUCUCUACCUCUCUCCUCCCAAGUAGGUGGGAUUACAGGCAUGAGCUCUUGUGCCCAGCCUUAAGAACCUGUGUUUUUAAAUGACAUAAUUUAAUUUGUGAUUUAGCCAUUUUUGCAUUUUUUUUUUUUUCAGAAUUCUGUUUAGACAUUGGUGAC